UUCCCAUCAUGCUGAGGGCUCGGUGCGCAGGCGCAGUGUUGAGCGCUCGGACUACACUUCCCGCCGUGCCUCGCGCCGCGCCGGGCGACGGGUCCCGCGUGCGGCCUAUCUUCCUCCGCCCCCGCCAUGGAGAUGGAGACGGACGCGGGCUCCGUGGUGUCGGGGCUGUCCGGGGGGGGCGGCAGCGCUACCGCGCCCGGGGACGAGGACGUGGAGGUGGAGGGCGCCCCGGGCUGCUCCGGAGCCCGCGCCCUGCCCUUCGCCUUCGAGCGGAGCCGCUCCGAGUCCAGCGCGGACGGGGACGAGGAGGACGAGGACGAGGUGGAGCUGGAGGACGAGGAGCUGCCGGCCGGGCCCGGCGCCCGCUUCAGGGCCUGCGGCGACGGCGACGAGUUCGACUCCGACGAGGAGCGCGAGCGUAUGAUAAACCUUUCUGAGUUGAAUCCGUACAUCUUGUGUUCCAUCUGCAAAGGUUACUUUAUAGAUGCUACAACCAUUACAGAGUGCCUUCAUACGUUCUGUAAAAGCUGCAUAGUAAGACAUUUUUACUACAGUAACCGAUGUCCAAAAUGUAACAUUGUUGUCCAUCAGACACAGCCUCUUUAUAAUAUCAGGCUGGACCGACAGUUACAAGACAUAGUAUAUAAACUUGUUGUCAAUCUGGAGGAAAGAGAGAAAAAGCAAAUGCAUGACUUUUACAAAGAAAGAGGUCUAGAAGUACCUAAACCAGCUAUCCCACAGCCAGUCCCUGUGAGCAGAGGAAGGCCACGAAAAGUCCUGGGAUCAGUUUUCCGAAUCCCACCAGAACUUGAUGUCUCAUUACUUUUAGAGUUCAUCGGAGCUAAUGAAGGCACAGGGAAUUUUAAGCCAUUAGAAAAGAAGUUUGUGCGAGUUUCAGGAGAGGCAACAAUUGGACACGUGGAGAAAUUCCUUCGAAGAAAAAUGGACCUUGACCCUGCUUGUCAGGAUGGCUUACUUGUGCUGCACUAUGGUCUUGUGGUGUCUCCACAAGCCAUAACGUAAAGCUGGCUAAAACAUCGGAAGAAAGGAUCAAAGGCGUGAAGCUUCCUCAGUGCUCUGUCUCACCAAAGAAGGUCACCUUGCUUGCUUCCUGUCACAGGAAAUAAAUGAACCACCACUAACUGCUGUACACUUGUAACUUGGUGUUUGACUUUACCACUGUAAAAAUUGCAGCCGCUGUAAGAACAGCUCUAAAUGUUGCAAUGCUCGGUAUUACAUAUGACUGUCUUUAAACUGUAGCCAGCUCAGGGAAUGGAAAACAUUCAGAGUUGCUGAAUUGAUUUGUAAAUGUUAUUUAAACCAACGUGAGCACACAGGGUUAACUUCCUUUCUCUGCUCUGAACUUAAUCUUGGGUAGGUCCAUGGCUAUUUUAUAUCUCCACUGGACCUUGCAUACCUCUGACACAUAUAUGGCUGGAAUGGUGCUCUCAGGGAUGAUUUUCACUUGACAGUGUCGUUUUUCUCUGGAAUAGAGAGAUUAUUUCUUUAAAUCGAAUGUGCAGGAGCCGUCUUGAUCUAGAAAUAACAGGGGAGAAGCUUUUGUCAAAUAUGUAGAUCAAAAUGGGUAGUUAAACUCCACAGUCUUAAGCAUUGAUUUUUUUUUUCGUAUUUAUUAUAUCAGUAGCAUUAGAACAUAGAAUUUCAUUUUCUUGGCAAGAAAUUUGAUCUGCCCUAGGGCCAGAACUGGUAGUUGGUCGACUCGUAUUAACUACCAUGUAGCCACAUGCUGAAUGGUAGCACUCUUUUUUUGCUUCGAGAAACGUGGGUUGCCAGUAGGUUAUUCUGUGCACAUCAGGGACCAGCUGAGGGCCCUCUUUCCAUCUGCAUGCUCUCUGUAAAAUAAUUAAAUGUGCAGCCUGCUUCUACUCGCGUUGAAGUCUAAUAGCUGACUGGACUGGCAGCAGAGCUGAACCUUUCUCCUGAUCGCACACCUUACACCUGCAACCAAAAUGAUAGCUCUCCCGUUCUCUUCCAAGGGCUGCCUUGUAACAGCUGCUCCUGCAUUAUAACGGAGACUGUUUUGGAAGCUGCUGGGUGCUGUAGUCAACCCCUCUUUCUCCACUACUUGUAAAGCUGUACAAAGGGUAGUAGGUAGCUUUAAUUUUAAUAGGCUGUAGCUCAUGAUCAUCUAAUGUUUCCAGGUUCUGUUUUUGUUGAAGACUCUCAUCAUUUCUCCUAUAGGUAUAAAGACCAGAGCUGUGCAUGGUGUGGUUGCACUGCAUGCUAGGCCUGUAAGUCUUUAAUCAAAUGUUUGUUUUGCCUGUGAAAGUAUCCUCUUAAGGAAAGAUCUUGUUUACCUAAAAUCAUAUUUUUUGAUGCUUCUGAAAAUGUAACAAAAAAUAUUUUAUAGCCAAGAUUUCCAGUUUAUUUUCAAGGUUUGUAUAAAAGCAGUGCCGAAAAUGGAGCAGAAAAGGGAUGGUUUUGUAAACAUUUUGUGCAUUGUGUUGAUAAGAGAGUAUAUAUUGUAACAGUUAAAUAAAGUUUUAUUUUGGCCUAUUUGAAACUUUAGUUCUCGUGUCCUAAGAAAUGUAUAUGUCAACACGAUCCAUCCUCACCUUACCCGGGAAUUGCAGUGGGUGAGAUUGAAAAGGUUACAGGAUGCUUUUUG